AAUGAGCAAGUUUUUAACCUUACUUAAAAGUUGUUUAAACAAAUACCCAGUUGUUUCAAACUCAGUAAUAUACGGAUCUUUAUGUGUGGCAGCUGAAUUUACACAACAGACAGUAACCAAAAAAGUUUUGCCGGAAACUUCGCAACCUUAUGAUGCCGAAACAAUCGGAAGAUACAGUAUUUAUGGUACCGCCAUAGCCGGACCAAUAUUAGCUGUUUGGUACAGAUUUUUAGACCAAAAAAUAUCCGGAACAACUGUAAAAAUAGUGGCUAAAAAAAUGAUUGUAGAUCAAUUCACGUUUACACCCACCUUACUUGUGAUAUUUUUUGUUUCAAUGAGCAUAAUGGAAAGAAAACCAGACAUUUUCCAGGAAUGUCGCGAAAAAAUGGUAUCGACUUUCAAAACUAGUUGCAUGUUUUGGUUGCCAUGUCAAGCAGUUAAUUUUAUGUUGGUCCCACCUGUAUUUAGAGUAACAUACAUAGGAACAUGUUCCUUUGCCUGGGUAAACAUACUUUGUUGGAUCAAAAGGCAAGGUAAUGCGCAAAUAGAAGAAACUCAAAAAUUAAACUAAUGUUGUAUAUAGUUUAACAAAUCUGUAAAUAGGUUCUUUUUGUAAGAUAAAAAUAAAAAAC